AUGCCUAUAAUGGGCUACGACUCAAUUCGUCGUAUCGCUACACUAUCUCAGCUUACGAUCCCCGAAUCGAUUCUAUCUGAUCUCGAGCCUAUCAAGUAUGACGACGAUGCUGUGAGAAAGUACGGAACCGUUAAGGCCAUUGAUAUGUGUCGUAGACUCCUGUCGAACGGUACGGCACCUUCAAUUCAUUUGUAUACAAUGAACAGAGAAGGAGCUUGUCGUGAAAUUCUCCAAGAAUUAGGACUUUGGCACAAGCGACCGAUGCGGACCUUACCUUGGGAACCCCAUGGUUGUGUUCAUCCUUUAAGAUGCAAGGAAGAUGUGCGGCCAAUUUUCUGGAGUGCCCGACCAAAGAGUUAUAUUUAUCGAACCAGGGACUGGGACGAUUUCCCCAAUGGACGAUGGGGUAACAGUUCUUCUCCAGCCUUCGGCGAUUUACAGGAUUACUAUCUUUUCCACUUGAAGGCCCAAACCAAGAAAGAAGAUCUCUUGAAAAUGUACGGUGAAGAGAUAGCCUCCUUCGACGACGUGAAGAAAGUGUUCGCAAAUUUCAUUUCGCAAGCAGUAAACGAUCAAGGGGUCAAGGUGACGACUUUGCCAUGGAACGAGCAAGAGAGUGGUGUACAAGCAGAGACGGAGCUGAUCAAUGAACAGCUGCUGUGGUGCAAUGAGAACGGUAUCCUUACGGUGAACAGUCAGCCGUCAGUCAACGGAGCGCCAUCUACAGAUCCACUUGUUGGAUGGGAAAGCCGGGUAGUUAUUGUUACCAAAAGGCGUAUCUUGAAUGUUUUAUUAGCAAAGAGAAUGCGAAAUCACUUCUGGAGAUUAUUGACGAGUACUACCCACGGGUCAACUAUCACCUUAUCAAUCAUGAUGUAG